CUAAUCAUUAUCUCUCAUCAACCACACCUACUUUUCCUUUCAGCAAAUAAAAAUGAGUUUAAUGAGAAGAAUAUUAACAAACACAAACUACAGACUAAUAAACAAGUAUCAGAUAUCAUUAUUCAGUAGCAGUGGUGAUUCCACUGAUGGUGAGAGAAGGAUCACCUCACUAUUACACGAUAAAUUAAACCCAACCUACCUGCAAGUUAACGAUAUUUCAGGUGGGUGUGGCUCAAUGUAUCGUAUUAUUAUUGACGGAGAGAUCUUUAAAGGAAAGAAAACUAUUGAACAACACAAGAUUGUGAAUGAAGCGUUAGGUGAUGAGAUUAAAGGUCUUCAUGGUCUAACUAUUCAAAUUAAUAAUCCCACUAAUUAAUUAACAACCAUUUCAUUCACAUAAUGCAUUAUGUAAAAUAAUAAUAAUAAUUAUUAUUAAUUAAUCAUCUUCUUCAUCAUCAAAGGAUAAUAAAUUAGUAUUCUUAACAGUUGUUGUUCUUUCGUCUUGUUGUUGUUUAUGUUUCUUAUUAUUAUUAGCAGCAGUAUUGUUUGUUCUUUUAUUUUUUGUUGUUGCUGUUAUUCCACCGCCAGCAGCAGUUGCUUCAGAGCUGGUUCUUUUA